UCAUCUUUCAUUUCCGCCGUCUUCCUUCCAGGCUUCCAGGAUUCCGCCACCUUACCUACACUUCCCAUCCACUGCUCCAAGCGCGCGCCUGCCACCAUUGCACCGCCGCACCGCCGCACCCAUCAUUCUGUAUUCCACAUUUCGGCGGGGGAACCAAUCCUAUUAUUCCUUAUACUGCAUCUACCGUACAUAGAGGCAUCCAAUCAUCAAUGAAACGGAAGGGGAAGCGGAAGUUUGGCGUACCUAUCAAGAAGUUUGAGCCCAGGGCUGUAACUAAUCCGAGACGAACUCUGCAGGACGCUUACGUACUCGGAGCCGUGCACUUUAACCGCAGCCUCACGUCACAACCCCACACUCCCGCACAUCGCCUGCUAGCUCACUCCACAGCUCCAUUCGAAUCGCCCCUCCUUCCCCACACCACUACCACCCCAACUCAAUCCACCAUUCGCACUUACCCAGCCUUUACAUACAACUCCGCCGAUCACCCGCAAUGACGGUCUACCGCUGCAGCACAUCCUCCUUCGCGUCGGCAGAAUCGCCCGCCAUGGAGCUCUACUACGCCUUCCUCCUCGGCGCUCUAGCAGUAUUGGUUGUUCAGGGGCUCUCAUUUUACGUCCGCAAGAGCUCGCCGGGAACAGUAACGCUUUACAUGCCGCCCUUUAGAGCUCCGACCGAGCUCCGUCUAGCUCCUGACUUCACAACCACCUUUACCACCCUCCUCCCUUCCACGAGCACCGAGGAAACCCACGCAACCGGAACCGACUGGGUUCUCUACGACCUGCAACGACAACGAAUCAUCCACGGCGUCGUCGCAAACGAGUACGUGAAUCCUGGCGGGUCGUAUCUCGUCGUUUCACGGCGCGGCGCAGAGCGGGGGAGCUUGGAGGACAUGCUUCGUCAGUGGGUCGAUGGCGACAGGCAUGUUUAUGAAAGACAUCGAGAGCAAAGGAGCAGUACCAGUGCUGGCUCGGUGGAGAGCUGGGUUAGGAACGCCGGGGCGGCAAGGGGUGGCACUUUGACACCGACUAGUAGUCAUGGCACCUUUACGGCAAUGGAGGGCGAGAGGAGAAGGAGGAAUAGUGCUGGCAAGAACUCCUCCCGUGUGAGGUGCGCGGGAGAUCCAUUACUAACUAAUAUCAAGACAGCCAGAGACAGGAUCUCCCAACAAGAGGCGUUGUGUCCGAGUGGUUAAGGAGAGAGAUUAGAAAUCUCUUGGGUUCGCCCGCGCAGGUUCGAAUCCUGUCGACGUCGCUAUUCGUUUUGCUUUUUGCUCCUAUGGGCAGUAAAACAUGGUAGAGAGCUAGCGGGCUGCUUCG